GAGAGCACCUGGAGAGGAAGCUGCAGUGGGAAUGAAGAAGAAUGCGGGGAGGCACGCUGCAGGAGGGAAGGAUGUGAAUUAUGUCAAACCACAAAAAGGACAAAUCCAAUCCAGGAAGAACAAGUUUGGCGACGUGAGGAAGCUAAAGAAAGAAGAGAGUGACGCUCGCUUGAUGAAAAGCCACAUUGAAGACAAGGAGGCCAAGAAAGAUGCAGUAGAGACACAAGAACAUUCAACACUAACAUCUCCGUUUCAGAAAAAAAAGAGAGUCAUCAAGAAAAGAGAGAACAGUGAGACCAGAUCAAGGCAAACAGCAAAUGAAACAAAAGAAAGACAGGAAGAGUCAACCAGAAGACGACAAUGGGCGAAGCUAAAAAACAAAGAUUAUGAUCUUAAUGAUGCCGCACAUAAACAACUCAAAGAUGGUCUCGAGAAAGAGGAGGUGGCAACCGAACAGGAACCAUGCAAUGGAUUUGACCUAAAAUCCCCCAGAAGCAUCACCAACAAAACAAAAGCUGACACCAGCGUAGAAGACACAGAGUGGCUUCCCACUGAUGACAAACACAGCACUGACAGCAGUGUCCAAUCAACACGUUUCAGAAGGUCUCCUCUUGUGUCCUUGGGCACCAAUGAGAGGAGCUCACCGAGGUCAUCCUGUGAGGGACUGUCGGUGAGGUCUUCCUUUGAAGGUCUAUCGGCCGACAUAAGGGUCCUUACAUCCUCUCAAGGUCAACUGUCAUCAUCAUGCUCCACCGUCAUGGUAACUGAGGAGCAGCUAAUAUUAAAGCUGGUAAAGACAAAGGUCUCCAGAACAAAUGAGGAAGAGAAUCCCCAUCUUGCCAAGAGAGCUAAUAUGUGGAGGCAAGAAUUGGAGAGGAAGGAGCAAGAGGAAGAAAGGGUGCAGGUGCAAGAGGAAAGGAAGCAGACAAAGGAAAACAUGAGGAAUGAGGUGGACGAGGAACGUAGAAGGAGAGUUGAACAUCUUCGACUGAGGAAACUUGCAGACGAGGAGCUGAGGAGGAGGCGCGAGGAGGAGGAGCAGGAUCGAGUCGAAUGGGAGCAAGCAGAGCGACAGAGGGUGAGGAGGCGUCAAGAGGAGAAGAGGCGACAGAUGGAGCGACUGCAGAAGAUGAGAGAGGAGGAAGAACAAAGGAGGAAAGUGGAAAUGGAGCGUCUGCGCCUGGAGCAGAGAACGCAGGAAGAGUGCAAACGCUUACAGGAGAUGGACGCAAGUGAGAGAGACAAGUACCUCAUGACGAAGGAGCAGGAAGAGGACAGGAGGACCAAAGAGGAAGAGCACCAAAUGAGGACAGAAGAACAAGAUUUGAUGGCUGUAGAAGAGUCCAGGAUGGAGGCAGAGCUACUCUCCAGGCACAUGAUGCCGUUGCACCAGCAGACGGCCUUCAAAAAGGCUAUGCUGCUGGAGGCUGAGGGAAUGAAACAAUCACAGGGGAUCUCCAGGCCGUGGGUCUACUCCUAUUUCACUUUGUUACAGCUGUUGGACCUGAAGCCCACUCAAACUUAUGAGAGAAUAACAGAGUGAUCAUUCACCUCCAUGUCUGAUGAUAGUGACGAUCGAAAGUGUGAUUUUUAUUCUGGCAAAAAUGUCAGUACAUUUACAAGUCCCUGUAUUGUAAUCCAGCCAUCCAUUUUUGAAGUACAUCUCUAUUCGGGUCACCGCUCAUUGUGGGCAAGAUGCACAUUAUACCCUUGACUUUCACACCUACCGUGCAUAUUUUUGGAAUUUGGGAGGAAACAGGAGUACUUGGAGAAAAGUCACGCAGGCACACAGAGAACAUAU